GAAUUCUGCUUAGAUUGUUCUUGAAUUUCAUUAAUAUCGAGGCGAUAAACGAUAGAAACGCUGCCUAUAAAAGCCAAUUCUUGGCCAACAGACGCACACAGUUCGAUUUCUCAACUUGCCAAAAACACAAGCAAAAAACAAUAAUAAAUUAGUUCAGAAUGCGUGCCGCAAUCUUAUUCGCCGUAAUUCUGGGUGUCCUGCUAUCCCUGGCCUAUGCCCAGGAGCAGGCUGAGGAGCAGGUGCGCACCAAGCGUCAGUUUGGUGGCUUUGGAGGACCCUUUGGCGGCGGUUUUGGCGGACCCUACGGCGGCGGUUUUGGCGGACCCUAUGGCGGCUAUGGUGGCGGCUAUGGUGGCGGCUUUGGUGGCGGCUAUGGACAUCAUCAUCGCGGCGGUUAUGGUGGCUACGGCGGCGGCUUUGGACGUCCUGGCUUUGGUUUCUACGGUUAA